UACGUAAAAAUAUCGUAUUUUUUACGUGUGUUUAGAUAAGAUUUUUCUCAGUGGCCAAAAAGUCUAUAUAACACUUAUGUUUAUAUAAUAAAUUAACAUAUGACGUCUGUCUACAAUACUUGAUAUAUUUUCAGAAAUAUAUUUUGAACAUGUCAUAAUUAUAUUUUUCUGUACUUGUGUUCGUCAAUAAGUAUUUUUAUUAUAUGGCUUUUCAAAAUUCUCUAUUCUGAUUAGUUGUCAAGCGGUCCGUAAAAACACAUAUCCGGACCGUGGUCCGUAUAUUCCGUAUCUGGACCGGUGUCCCAGAUGUCGUUUAUCUGGCGGGAAAUUUUUGCUUUGCAUACAGAAAAAAAUCAAGUUUAAUUUUCCAAUUCUACUUUAGAAAAUUAAUUAUUUAUUAUUUAUUAAAUUGUUUAGCAUGCAUGCCUACCGUAUAUUGUUACCCAGUGAAACUGACGAUAGCCGAUUUAAUGAUAGCGAAAAGCAUAUGCUCGCAGACUCAGUUCAUCCAUAUCCGCUUGUUUGGUCUGUACUGUGAAAUAUCAGACCUCUGUUUUUUGCAUGGACCUCGCUCCUUCGUCGCUCGAUCCAUACUAAAAAACCUCGGUCUGAUAUUUCACAGUACAGACCUCACGCUCGGUCAAUAAGCCGUUAAUAUAUCUUCAUACAUAUAUACAUACAAUUAUACGGAUGAGAGAGCUAAUCAACAAAUGCUUAUAGCGAUGCUCCCAAGGGAGUCUUUAAUUAGUUAUGGCAUUCUAGAUUAUAGUAUACAGGGUGUCUCAAAAAAACCCAAAAUCAUUGAAAUAACGUAUUGUUCGAAUUUCAAUGCCGUAACACAAAGGAUUUUGACAGGGUGAUUAAUUUGUUUUAAAAAAUUAAAAUAUCUUUGUAAAGUGAACGUUUGUUUGCUCAUGGGAAUUUAAAAAUGCUUCGUAAAUUCGUGGGUUUAGUACUUUAUGCCUGACAUAACAAGUUUACGCUGAGUAUUACCAUUCAUUAUAGCAGUUAUGUCAAUCUUUUAUGCACUCGUGGGAUUAACUUAGUGCUAGGGCAUUGAAUAUCGAACAAUACGUCAAUUUCAAUGAUUUUGGGUUUUUUUGAGACACCCUGUACAGCUGGCAAAUUUGUAUAUCUAUGAUGAUGUUGUUUAUUAGUCAACCUACGGAUGCAUGAACAGGUCUUCUGCAUGAAAAGACCACUUUCUGUCAAUAUUGAAAAGAUACCGAAUAUAUCAUUCGCGAGUUUGCAAGCAGACAAAUAAGCAAACAGACAAAUAAAUAAUAUCAACAUGCUGCCUAUAUUCAACGGAAAAGAGAAAAACAAAUUUGCCAUGAGUCGUCAAAGUUGUCAUCGACUAUGCAAUUUAGUCGUUUAAUUGGCUUCUGUACUUCUGAGAUUCAGUCUUUUGUCGCUGAUAUUUAUUAUUAAUAAAAACUAUUGUCCUUUUAGAGAAAAACAGUUGUCCUUUUCUUCAAUGUUUUGUUAGAAUAUCGAUUCUCGAUAUGAAUGUAACCUUGGUUUAUCUCAUACGUGUUGAAAAUGACAUAGUGACUUUAAGGUUGAGCAAGGCCGGACACUCGCGUGACAACUCAGAACAGAUGUCAACACCGGUCUAUAUUUUACUGUCGAUGCAAUUAUAGAAGUGUUGAUAAAAUAUUGCACCAAUUCCUUUCCUCAAGUUGAUCAGUUCAUUUGAUAGAAAAUUGAUCAACUUCCUGUACUUACUUUUAAAUGAGCCAAUUAGAUUUCGUUUCAGAACCAAUUGACCAAUAGGAAACGCACAGGAAAUAAAAAGAAAUUUGAAUUCGUAUGAAUUGAUCAACUUGAGGAAAUGAAUUCAUGCAAUAUUUUAUCAACACUUCCAUUGCAUCGACAGUAAUUACUAUAAACGCAAAAGUAGUUUGUUGACAUUCUAAUUCUCGUUUCUACUAUUAUUUUACAAUUAUCUCAACCUCCUCCGCAGGGCUUUCAAAAAUUAGGGAGGCGAAAAUUUCGGGCGGGUGAAAAUUGGUGGGAAACAAACAGAAAGACCUGCGGACUAAUUUCCAAGAUAGCCGAAGCCAUAAGCCAAAUUAUAUUUGCAUGUAUAUCAUUUUAUACCAGAUAAAUUAAAAUACUUAAAGUGCCUAUGACACGAAAUUUCACCCCAAAUGUUUAUGGUUGCAUUGUAAAGAUUACUUAAAAUGACUUAAUAAUUUCUUUUAUAGAAUUUUGGUAACUUGCUCCCUUUUCAAGAUAUUCAACUUUGUUCCAUAUGCAAAUAUCACCGGUGUGACAUCACAUCGCUUAAUGAGUUUUCAGAAAAGUAUAGUUUUCUAGAUGAAUACGGAUCUAAAAAACUUAAAAAUUGCUCUUGUAUAUGUAUUAAUUUCAUAACUGGUAAUUAACCCUCUGUAUUUGUUUGUAAAAAUAUUUUAUCAAGGUAAAAUAUUGCGUUUUCAAAAUGUCAUUAUGCGAUGUGAUGUCACACCGGUGAUAUUUGCAUAUGAAACAAAGUUGAAUAUCUUGCAAAGGAAGCAAGUUACCAAAACUCUAUAAAAGAAAUUAUUAAGUCAUUAUAAGUGAUCUUUACAAUGCAAUCAUAAACAUAUGGGGUGAAAUUUCGUGUCAUAGGCACUUUAAGAAAUGAUGAAAUACUUACGAAAUACUUAAAAUACUUACGAAAUGAUGACGUAAUGCUCGCGCCGCAGAAAUCCUUCCCUAUACAUGUAAGUAUACAGCUGAUUUCAGCUGAUUCAAAAAAGGUUGUCCUUUGCAAACUUUAAACUCUAAACCUUAACCCUUAAACUUUAAGCGCCCAAAGCUUAAUGGGAGCGCGAAUUUGUAGCUUAGUAGUUGAAUAUCGAAUAUUGCAGCUAUUCGUGAAUGAAUUGUUUUCGUCAGUAAGGAGAUAUUUACCAUGUCUCUAAGAAAUGGACUCAAUAUGUAUAUGAUUUCUAAACUAAUUAAAUUAUGCUCCCAUUAUAUGCUUUGCACGUUUAGAGUUUUACAGUUUAAGGUUUACAGUUUAUAAUUAAGGUUUGCAAAGGACAACCUUUUUUGAAUUAGCUGUAUAUCAAUACAAAAUAUUUAUAAGAUCUUCUAAUGGUCACCACGAUGAAGUAAAACACGCUCCAACUAAAAUAGCCAGUGCUAUGAAUAUUCUUUCAACAUGGUCAUGGCCGCCAUGUUAUGAAUGUUCUACAAAAUUAUACAAUAUAUAUACAUGUAGGUAUAAAGUAACCGCCAGAGAAUUAUAAACGUGAAAAAUAUUUUAUAUCACGAUUCGAACUCGCCCUACACGAGCUGCAUUCAUACGAGCAGCGUGAAUAUAGCAAGGUAAUUAAUAUCCUUCAAGCAGACUAUCAUUUUGUUUAUUAAUUUCUAGAAACCUCCAGAACCAGUUUCAACAAGCACUCUGCCUCAGAUAACACAACCAUCAUCAAGUAAGGUCUAAAAUCAUAAUUAUAUUAUAACUGCACCACCGACGGCGACUCAUUACAGUAUACCUGGUUGGCCUAUAAUUAGAGAAUUAUAUUUAUAGAGAAUUAUAUUAUUAGAGAAUUGCAUUUUACUCUGUUUAGCAAAUCAAAAACUGUUAUCAUCUUGUAUAAGGAACUACUGCAAAGAAACAGGUUUGUGAGUCACCAACUUUGAAGGAUUUUGUAGAUGGAAAUUUCGAGUCUAAAUUUUAUACAUCUAGUUAGACCUAACCAGCAGCAGCUGGGAAAAACUAACCAAUUAAGGAAUCCAAUUAACAGGAAUCCAAUUAACCCGCAGGCCGCAGCCCGGCGAUUUCGGCGCAGCGCUCAAACUAACUGAAGGUCCAGUACCAUUAUUGUGCGACGUAUUAACGAAACACAUAAUGAAAAACAUCCGAUUAGAAAUGUCGUGGUAUGGUUGAGGUCUCGACAUUCCAAAGGGCAUUAAAAGGAAUUAUAGUUUAAACUAAACUGAUAGAACUAUUCAAUAUAAUGAAGUUAGUUUAAUCAAACUGUGCUUUAAUGUCCUCUACACAAUUAAGCAAAUGAACAAAAGAAUCAGUAAUUUUUACUGGCGUGCAAAUACCUUACACUAAGACUUCUGACUAAUGUUUACACGUUGCAAUGUUGGAACAUAACUUCGUACUAUUGAUAGGUCACUCAGCAACGGUGUUUACCAACUACGAAAUAAUGAUUCACUCGAACAAUAUCAAGUUUACUGUCACAUGACUGGAUUAUCUGGAUGUGGCCAAGGAGGUUUGACACUACUGAUGAAAGUAGAUGGGCACAAGGUACGGAUAAUCUCUUCGAAUGCAUAAACACAACAAACAAUAAUAUAUAGAGAAAUUAACAAACUUUUUGCUUUGCAGAAUGACUUUAACUACAGCUCUCCUUACUGGACAAACAAGGAAGCCUACGUAGUUGGAGAUGGACUUGAAGGUUUUGAAUGA